ACGGCGAGCCAUCAUGGCGCACAGAUUGUUGUCAAAACUUUUCUCAAAUUUUAAUGUUUAAUUCUCACGCAAUAAAUGAAAUAAAAAUCACUAUUGAUUCUUCCAAAAAAAUGUGUUAGCCUUUUCUACCGCAGAAUCAACGUUUAGCCUCACUUGGAUAAAUUAAUAACCUCAAUCCUACGAAAACCAGUGAAAAACGUCAAUUUUGUGCUCCUUGUAGAAAUAAAUUGUGAGUGUGAGUGGAAUUGUUGUUGUUCUCAGUUUUAUUCAUGACAAAUUAAAUACGUAACACCAUGGUGAGGCUAACAGAGGAAAUGGUUGUGGCUAGGUCACGAAUUUCCGAUCUUACGGCUGUGAAAAAACUCAAUUGCUGGGGCUCAGAAUUGACUGACGUCAGUAUCCUCCGAGAAUUGAAAAAAGUGGAGGUGCUGUCUCUCAGUGUCAAUAAUAUCAGCAGUCUGGCGGAUUUUCAGUACUGCUUGAAUUUGAAGGAUCUGUUCGUCAGGAAAAAUAAUAUAACUGAUUUGAACGAGAUAUGUUAUCUUCAAAAUUUACCAAAUUUAAGGAAUCUAUGGCUGGGGGAGAAUCCGUGCGCAGAGAGAGAGGGUUACCGUAUGGCAGUCGUAAGGGCCCUGCCAAAUCUAGAGAAGCUAGAUGAUAAAUUUGUAACUUCUGAGGAGUUGAAUACGGCCUUAUCCAGGGGAAAAAUUCUGGUUCAUCCUCUAGAGAUGGACGCAUCGCCCCCGCGAACGGCGCCAACAAGUCCAGAGGAAUCAGCUGAGUUCAUUGAGGAAGCUGAGACCGAACCCAACAGAAGAUACAGUUCGUCCAGUGAUCAAAGAAGUUACGAGGAUACACAGGGACACGAUGAAUACACCGAUAGGAGGAAUGCUAAUUAUAAUGCAUCAUCUCCAAAUCAGUACUCGCAAAAUAAUCAUUAUAAUUAUGAGACUCAGAAUGGCCAAACAAAGGCAUCAACUCGUGAUGAGGGACUGAGGAUGGACUCCAGGAAUGGGGAGAAUUUGCCAACUAACACUAUUGAGCUUGGGAAGGAGUACGACGAUAGACUAGCGUUAACUCGUCAGAACGGUGACUACGAAGAUCGCCGUUAUGAGUACCCCUUGUCCCAGGAGGCCCCCUCUCGAGGUGGCCAAGCUCUCACCUCCCCCCGAUCGAAUUAUCCAACAGUGGAGUAUGUGGACGAGAGGAGAUCAUCGAGCUACGACUACGACGAUGAUCCCAAUGUACCGCACCCCCUGGCCCCCUCCCAGCCCUCGUCAGCUCGACGACAGUACUCGUCCCAUCAGAAUCUCGAGAGGGAGGAGAGCAGAGAAACGCCAGGAUGGGUGAGACACACCGACAAGGAAAAAUGCCGAUAUCACUAUCACCGAAGACCUGUUACGAGAAAUUCAAAUAUUCUCUCGGCGGUUCUAUGCCUCGUUAAGGAGCUGGAUUACCCCUCCCUCGAGGUAGUGGAGAUGGCGGUGAGAAAUAGAAUGGACGAGCUGGAGGAAUGAUGCAUCUGACGCCGUCCCCACGGCAUCGGGGGAUCGGCGGACAUCUUUUCAACCAGGAAAAUGUGUACAGAGAGAUAUUCACCUCCGAAUUCCGGAAAAAUUCAUGCCAGAUCACCAAGUCCACAAUUUUCAGACUCUUUGGACACAUUGAUACCAUCUGAGGGCUCUUGCGAUCUUCAGAGGAGUUCCUCUGGGAUUUUUCGGGGUUUGAGUGGUGCAGGCAGGGGCAGGGGGAGUAAGAAUGUCUCGAUUGACCCCAGCCCGAGGUAUUUCGAGGCCAGGGAGCCACUGGGAGGGAGGAUCGAAGGGCUCAUGGGACCUAACAGGGAAGUAAAGGGUGGAAUUAGGAGAAGGGAACUAAGUCUGUCCGAGAAUUGGGGGGAUUUUGGCGGCAAGGAGGUUAGAAGGGUCAACAGUGAGGACUGCAUACCGACGAGGGAGGGGGGCAAAGAGAUGAGGUACAUCCAGUCAGGGAAGGGCACUUGGUCGUACAAUUUGUAGGCAAUUGAUUUUUCUAUUGAAAUUGAGAGAAGUGCAAUGGGGUUGUGUAAUUUUUUUUUUCAGAAAAUUCUGCCGCAAGACAAUUACUUAUGUGUUUUUCGGAUUGAAGAUUUUGUUUUUGGUUUGAGGAAAUUAUUUGGUGGACUAUUGGUCAAAACCAGCAGGAAUUUCGCUGGGAAUGUCAGACUAUAUUAGACUAUGAACAAAUAUAUAUUUGACGUCGAUAUAAAUUUUCUGUUGAUUUAUUUCAGAGAUUAUUUGACACGAGGGGUAAAUUAGUAGCUGUUUACAAAGCAAUAUUGAAUCUCAAUCAAUUAGUUUCAUUUCUAUUUUUUGGAUUGUUUAUUGAUCCAAAAGCUAGACUCUGCGAAUUUUAAUGCUGUUGAUACAAUUAAUUAUUAUUGAAUAAUUGAAUAAUUAUUUACACUCAAAAACUUCCAUGUGAGAUUGUUUUUGUUUGCAAAUUAUAUAACUUAUUUGAUAAAUACCUGGGACGUCCGUUAGGGUAGGGACAAUUAAAUAAAUUAGAUAAAUCGAGGUGAUGAUACUAUUGUAUUAUUAACUGUGUAAAAUAUAGAGAUUAAUUUAAAUUUAUUGAUGAGAGUUUGAGAACAAGACAUUAUUAAUGCGAUUACAACUCGUAAAAUCGUGAGCUUACCCGAUGAGUAAAGUGGAGACAGAUCGAACAAAUGUUUAGGUUAAUAGCCUAAUUAAUUGAUAAAUUGUCUUUUUACCCCGAAUAUGCAAAUAAAUACAGAAUUUUGUUAAUCAAUAA